AUGGAGCAAGGAGGGAGCCAGGCGGGCUGCGGCGGCCGCCGAGAGCCGGAGACGGAGAGAGCCCAGCGGCCGGAGGCGCCCGGAACCCGGGCCCGUGCGCGCCGUCCCCGCCGAGCCCUCAGGCGAGGCCGCCCCCAGCGGCGGCCGGCGGAGCUGCAGGAGUCGGGAGCCGGCCUAGGGCCAGCCGCGCGGUGCACCCCCUUCCUUCCCGCACGGCCGCCGGAACUGGAGGGCUCGCGGUCCCGGCCUGGGUGGCGCGAGGGCAGCUGCUGGCUAGCGGUGCUCGCCCGGAAGGGCGGCGGGGGUGCGGGGAGGGCGGCGGGCGGGCCUCGCGGCCAGGAGCCGGCAGGACGGGCUGGGCGGCCCGGCGGCACGGGCAGACCCUGCGCCAAGCGUGCCGGGCGGCCUGGGUUGCGCGCUGCGGCCGGAGCCGGUGCUGCCGCCUCACGUGCGGAGCGCGCCGUGCAGCCUUCAGCCCUUCGCCUGCCGGAGGAGAACCCCGCCGCGCCGGCCCUGGGCUGA